CAACUUGCUUGCAAGAACACAAGAGCUCAAGACAAUGACUGAGAACACCAAGACAUUGACCGUGGGCGUGCUGGCGCUGCAGGGCGCGUUUGAGGAGCAUAUGGCCAUGCUGGAGGGCCUUACUGCCACCACUUCGUCCGGCCAGCAUGUGACUGUGACGUCUGUGGCCAUUCGCCUGCCGGAACAGCUCCAGAACGUGGAUGCCCUCGUGCUGCCUGGUGGCGAGAGCACCACGAUCGGCAAAGUAGCCGUGCGCUGGGGUCUCGUGGAGCCCCUCAAGAAGUGGGUGGCGGAUGGCCGUCCUAUCUGGGGCACUUGCGCCGGCAUGAUCAUGCUGAGCCAGCAGGCCAAGCACGCCGAGGAAGGCGGCCAGACGCUCAUCGGCGGCUUAGACGUUGAGGUUUCGCGCAAUUUCUUCGGCGCACAGGUGCGCAGCUUUGAGAUGCUCGUUGCCGGACCGCCGGGCUUUGACGCUGAGCCCUACAACGCCGUGUUUAUCCGCGCGCCCGCCAUUAUCUCAGUUGGUGAAGAAAUCGAGGUGUUGUCGCGUGUGGCCAACGCCAAACCCGCCGAUGGUUCCGACCCCCUGGACGUCAUCAUCGCUGCGCGCAAGGAAAACAUCCUGGUUACAGCCUUCCACCCGGAGAUCACAACCGACGCACGCUGGCACCAGUAUUUCAUUGAGAGCAUUGUCCUGCCGCGAGUAUGAGGCUGGUCUCCAAGCACGAGAACGAUAGAUUGUUGCAUUGCAUAGGUUUCGGGUGCAGUAGACGCUUGCAUGAGAUGCAUUAACUCAUAAAAGCAAUUGCGAAGCCCAGCU